AUGGAGCUCUGCAAGGCGGUGGACUUCGACGCGGAUGGAGCCUUGAAGCGUUCUGAAUGUUCGGUUCGAGCGUGGUCUUCCGGAGACGCUGCGAAAGCUGGUUGUCUUACCGAGCCUCCUGAGGUGAUCUCGAACUAUACAGACUGCAUCACCAGUGUGAAGGGAUGGCUUGGCGAGGAUGGAGUUGACCUGUGUCUCAAGCGACAGUUCGCGGCCGUUUCUAGGCAGGUGGCGUGCCUUGAGAAAUCGCGCUACCCUUUCUACAGGAGGGACGGCUUAAACUGGGAGAAACCACCGUCUGUCAAGAAAGCCGUGGAGCUCUGCAAGGCGGCGGACUUCGACGUGGAUGUGGCCUUGAAGCGUUCUGAAUGCAUGGUUCGAGCGUGGUCCUCCGGAGACACUGCGAAAGCUGGUUGUCUCACCGAGCCUCUUGAUGUGAUCUCGAACUAUACAGACUGCAUCACCAGUGUGAAGGGAUGGCUUGGCGAGGAUGGAGUUGACCUGUGUCUCAAGCGACAGUUCGCGACCGUUUCUAGGCAGGUGGCGUGCCUGGAGAAAUCGUACUACCCUUUCUAUAGGAGGGACGGCUUAAACUGGGAGAAACCACCGUCUGUCGAGAAAGCCAAGGAGCUCUGCAAGGCGGUGGACUUCGACGCGGAUGUGGCCCUGAAGCGUUCUGAAUGUUCGGUUCGAGCGUGGUCCUCCGGAGACGCUGCGAAAGCUGGUUGUCUCACCGAGCCUCUUGAGGUGAUCUCGAACUAUACAGACUGCAUCACCAGUGUGAAGGGAUGGCUUGGCGAGGAUGGAGUUGACCUGUGUCUCAAGCGACAGUUCGCACUGCAUCACCAGUGUGAAGGGAUGGCUUGGCGAGGAUGGAGUGGGCCUUUGUUUGAAGCAGCAAUUUGA